UAGUCCAAAGCUGCAAUAUAUAUAUAUAAUGUCACUUGUACUCAACAUAUAACAUACUCUCCUGAGACUCAUAUGACUCAGGGUUGUUCACUACAACUUCCAUUUUUUUUGUAUAACUAUAAAUCCACAAUCAUUGAUCAUAUAUAUAUAUAUACACAUAUAUAUUACAAUCAAAGAAUGUUUGGAGUUUCAGGGACGAGUGGAGAAGAUGGUUGCACCAAAAGUAAGGUGGAAUUAAUGGUGAAGAAGCCGUUUGAAAACUUCGGGGACAGAAUGAAGAGAUUGCCAGGCUCGACAUGGAAGACAAUUUGGAAGGUGGGUAGAGAAGAUCCGCGAAUACCGAUUCACUCACUCAAAGUUGGCUUGGCCCUAACACUGGUUUCACUGUUGUAUCUGAUGGAGCCAUUGUUCAAAGGCAUUGGAGAGAAUGCUAUUUGGGCUGUCAUGACUGUGGUGGUUGUUCUUGAGUUCACUGCUGGGGCAACUUUAUGCAAAGGAUUGAACAGAGGAUUUGGGACCCUUCUGGCUGGAUCAUUAGCAUUCUUGAUGGAGUACGUUGCAAACCGGUCGGGUCGGGUAUUUCGAGCAGUUUUCAUUGGGUCUGCAGUUUUCCUGAUCGGAUUUGUAUCUACAUACAUGAGAUUCUUCCCUUCCAUAAAGAAGAACUAUGACUAUGGUGUAGUGAUAUUUCUCUUGACCUUCAAUCUGAUCACUGUGUCGAGUUAUCGCGUCGACAAUGUGCUACAGAUAGCUCACGAGCGCUUCUACACCAUUGCCAUUGGUUGUGGUAUCUGCCUUCUCAUGACACUACUCAUAUUCCCAAAUUGGUCAGGGGAAGACCUCCAUAGUUCCACUGUUUCCAAGUUUGAAGGAUUAGCCAAAUCUAUUGAAGCUUGUGUCGAUGAAUACUUCAAUGAUGAGGAGGAAGAAGUGAGUGGAGACAUUCCUCCUGAAGACCCCAUUUACAAGGGCUAUAAGGCAGUUCUGGACUCAAAGUCCGCUGAUGAAACUCGGGCACGGCAUGCAAGUUGGGAGCCGAGGCACUCCAGACACUGUUACAGGUUUCCCUGGCAGCAGUAUGUAAAAUUGGGAGAUGUUCUUCGCCAUUUCGGAUACACAGUUGUGGCUCUACAUGGUUGUUUGCAAACUGAGAUUCAGACUCCACGCUCUGUUCGUGCCCUCUUCAAGGACCCCUGCAUUCGAGUAGCUGGAGAAGUAUCCAAAGUUCUAGUGGAGCUAGCCGAUAGCAUAAGGAAUCGUCGCCAAUGUCCUCCAGAGAUAUUAUCCGAUCAUCUCCAUGAAGCGUUACAAGACCUCAACACGGCCAUAAAAUCACAACCAAGGCUCUUCCUUGGCCCCAACACGAACCAAGCUACCAACAUGCUAGCCCUAGCAGCUGCAACUGCCAGACAGAGAUCCGACAAGGACUUUGGAGUGUCACUACCAAGUGUGAAGACGGAUUCAUCUGCAUUGCUGGAAUGGAAAGGCAAAAGGUCUUCUGAACAAAUGAGGGAAAACGAACGAAAGGUGUUGAGGCCAACCUUAAGUAAGAUCAACAUCACUAGUCUUGAGUUCUCGGAAGCACUUCCAUUUGCUGCUUUCGCUUCUUUGCUAGUGGAGACAGUGGCUAGGCUCGAUCUUGUAAUUAUGGAAGUGGAAGAAUUGGGGAGGAUAGCUAGCUUCAAAGAGUUCAUACCUGGUGAUGAAGUUAUUGUGACAGUGGAGAGACCGAAAAGGGAAAAUGCAGCCCCUUUAGGGAACCAUUUGCCAUCCCAGGGAGCAGAUUAACUCAUGAGGCCAGAGAUUGUAGAGAUAUAUUUAUAUAUAUAUAUAUACAUACUGUUAUAUUGAUUUCUAUGGCUGGUUUAUUGUCAAAGUACAUGUAGUAAUCAGUUACUUAGCUAGGUUGGAUGUUAAAAGAUUAUUUUUUUCCCUAAUGAGAGAUUAUGUUCGACUUCUCA